UCUUGUCAAUCUUCUAGCAUCGAGCAAAGGAAUAAGUGACAGUUGUACGGCCAGUUUGAACGGUCAUUUUGAUUUCAAGUGUUGGCUACUCUGCUUUGACAAAUGAUCGUUCACCAAAACGAGCGGACAGCUGGUCAAAAACGAGUGGGUAUAGCGUGGCAUGCCAAUUCUGAAGUGCAUCGCUAACAGCCCCGAUGCAAUCCACACGUUUGUGUGCUAGUUGUCUUAACGUCACUUGAUGUUUAUCAGCAUAACACGACAGGCUACUUGCUGUAUAGCAUUUAAUGAGCAAACAUGCAUUGUUUAAAGAUAGGACAAGUCCUUGCAGAAUAAGGUUGAGUUAGCUGGUUGAUAGCCAGCCUUAUAGCGAAACAGGACCUUCUCCCAUAGUUCGUUUGGUUAAUUGUUGCCUGUCACAGUCGUGUUCACAAGUGAAGUAGUUAACUGUCAGUUAUUUCACAUGUCGGCUACCUAGAGGAGCCCCCCGCCCCCAUCAUUCCGUGUGCCCUAACGCAUGGACCUGUCAAGCGCAUGCAUUUCGGUGGGAUCGCGCGGUUCUGACGGUAGCAGCGUGGUGCACCAUAUAGCACUGCGUGUCCCGUUCACGGAUUUAACGGGCGGCGAGAAAAAGACCGGAUCUAACGUUACUGUUAACGGAGAAGGUUCCUCUUCGGUGUCUGAUGAAGACGAGUCGGCUCCGUGUCAGCAUGAGUUUCAGGUGUUCUCCUGCUCGCUCUGCCCCCUGUCCUACACGGCUCAGAUCUUCCUCCACAAGCACAUCAAGAGGAGCCACACGGACGAGUACGUGCGCCUGCUGAGGUCUGGAGAGAUCCGAUCAGAGACUCUGGCGCCCUCUAGAGUAAAUGGCAGCAUCAACCAGCACACUCAGACCCAGAGCCAGAACCAGAACCUGACCCAAACUUCAGCAGCCGUGUCGUCCAGGAUCACCCAGUCCUCUAACGCCCCAUUGGACAGGCGGGAGGAAGUCGUGGAGAAUCACCGUCAACAGCAACAACAACAACAACAACAACCACAACAACCACAACAGCAGCAACAGCCUCCGCCUCCACUGCAGCUCUCUGGGGGUGGGGAGUGGGUCUUCCUCUGCCCUCUGUGUGGCAAAGCCUUCCCUGAGGAGGCUCCCCUGAGACAGCACCAGACCACUCACUACGCCGGAACACUACGGAACACUCUAGAACACUCACGCCAGAACACUCUAGAAGUCUCACGCCAGAACACUCUAGAACACUCACGCCAGAACACUCUAGAAGUCUCACGCCAGAACACUCUAGAACACUCACGCCAGAACACUCUAGAAGUCUCACGCCAGAACACUCUAGAACACUCACGCCAGGCGGCUCUGAAGGAGCACCGGCGGACUCGCGCCGGCGACUGGCCCUACCACUGCUCCCAGUGCGGCAAGAGCUUUGCGCCGGAGGCCAGUUUCAGACGGCACCGACGCACUCACACGGGAGAGAGGCCGUACCACUGCACUCAGUGCGGCAAGAGCUUCACCAGAGAGGAUCAUCUCAAACAGCACCGGCGCACUCACACAGGCGAGAGGCCGUACCGCUGUCCGCAGUGCGGCAAGAGCUUCACCGAAGGGGGCGCCCUUCGACAGCACCAGCGCAUCCACACGGGAGAGAGACCGUACCACUGCACUCAGUGCGGCAAGAGCUUCACCACGGAUGGGACUCUCAAGCGGCACCAGCGCAUUCACACAGGAGAGCGGCCGUACCGCUGCUCUGAAUGUGGCAAGAGCUUCACCCUACAGGGAGACCUCAAACGACACCAGCGCACUCACACAGGAGAGAGGCCAUACCACUGCACCCAGUGUGGCAAGAGCUUCAGUCAGUCUGGUGAUCUGAAGAAACAUCUGCGGACUCACAAGAAAGAGACAGCUUCAUAG